AUGUCCCAACCCGGUUCCCGUCGUCGGCGGAAUACAACUCAGAUCGAAGGUAUCAACCACAUUGGCGAGCGCCGGCCUCUUCUCAUCCAGCUGCCAAGUGAUCGGGAUCGGGAUCGGGAACGGGAGCAAGACCAAGAACGGAUUCCUCUCUAUAGCUGUGUCUCCAACCCCCAUAGUCACCUGCCGGUUUAUACAAAUAUCCACAGGAUCCGCCGAGACGUCAUCUCUGUCAUAGAAGACUACCUCAGCCAAACACAAUUGACAGACGUCCGUAUCAAUAUCACUGUUGUGAGACCCAUAGUUGAUAAGCUGUAUGAAUUGGACGACAUCUCGAUUGUAGCUGGUUUCGAGCCAUUUCAGAAUGCGCCAGAAUCUGUUAAGAGGGAGUUUGAGGAGACCACCUCCUGGCUCUACCAUCGGCCACUACCUGCUCUCGAGAUAGCCAUCCUUACCGAGAGCAAGUACUUCUUGAGUUCGACUCCUUGCCAGAAAGUGCAUGUCUACACCCAGAACCUGUGGUCAUUCCUCGAUGUUGGGUUUAUCGCCAUUUACGCGGCAUACCUAACGUUGCGGACGUAUGGCUGGUACAUGCACGAUUCAGAGCCGGGUCAACAAGCACUCGACGUCAUGGCGAUAGCUGCGCCGGUCGUCAUCCCUCGACUCGGGUUCAACUUGCUGUCGGACAGCAUGGUCUUUCUGUCAUUAAGGGCAAUGAUGGGAGACUUCGCCAUGUUGACAGUCUUGUCAGCGUGGUGUUUCGUUGGCUUCCUCAUAUCUUUGCAAUGGUUGCACCCAGGAAGCCAUGAUCCUUUUACAACCGGAAAGUGGAUGCUCUGGAUUUGGUUUGGUCUUGAUGGAACAGGCAUCCAGAGAUCUACCGAAUUUCACUGGCUUCUCGGCCCGUCCCUGAUGAUUGCGUUUGCAUUCCUUGGGAAUACACUCUUCUUGACUAUUCUAGUUUCUAUUUUGUCGAAUACCUUCGCCGCCAUUGCUCGUGACGCAGCGGCAGAGAUUCAGUACCGCAAGGCAGUCGUUACGCUAGAGGGUGUCAAAAGCGAUGCUAUUUUUGCCUAUCAACCGCCAUUCAACAUCCUAGCCGUGUUCUUUUUCGUUCCCCUUCAAUUUGUUCUUAGCCCUCGGUGGUUUCACAAGAUUCACGUCGCAACCGUGCGGCUCGUCAACCUACCGAUACUCCUCGCCAUUGCCCUCAUGGAACGGCGCGUGCUGUGGACUCCUACCCUCACAUCAAGGUUGCCUCGAGUCGGCUCGGCACGGUUGACCCGUCCAUCGCAGUGGUUCUGGCAGCGGUGGAAUAUUGCAGCGCGUCAGGAUAUCCGUGCCGUCUUCGACAUGCCUCCUCCCGAUACGGUCGAGGAAGCCAUCGCCGCCGACGACGAACUCACUCACCACCUCAUCCGAAGGCAGUACACACAUCGGGACUCCACGCAUCAGAGCGAGCGCAAGUUUAGAAGAAGAGAUUCUACAUACCCCGGCCUUGCUCCCCAGAUGAGGGGUUCGGUCGAGGAGUCAGAGGAGGCGCUUGAUAUUUCUGAUAUGGAUUCGCGGCUGAGUGCAGUUGAGGCGUCUACCGCUCGUAUUGAGAGGUUACUGGAGAAACUAUGCUCUCAAGAAGAAAGGAAGAAAAGGCCGGUGCCGGAAAGCACAGAUGGGAGUGCGACUUUGAAGGACGUGGAUGGGUAA